GCCGUGACCGCCUCCGGCCGGCCGGCGUUCGAGAUGCGGCGGGUGUCGGUCCUCCGGCUGUGGGGGCGCCCGGGGGUCCGCAGGGCCGCCGUCCCGGAGGACCGGGCGCGCCGGUACGGCUCGCGCGCCCCGCGCGGCCCGGACGCCGCUCGCGGCGCGCGCGCCCACUUCACCACCCCCAUCUUCUACGUGAACGCGGCGCCGCACAUCGGGCACCUGUACUCGGCGCUGCUGGCGGACGCCCUGAGCCGCCGCCGCCGCCUGCUGGGCCCGGGCGCCGCCGCCGUGCGCCUCUCCACCGGCACCGACGAGCACGGCCUCAAGAUCCAGCAGGCGGCCGCGGCCGCGGGCCUGGCCCCGCUCGAGCUGUGCGACCGGGUGUCGGCGCAGUUCCGGCAGCUGUUCGGCGCGGCCGGCGUGUCCUCCACCGGCUUCCUCCGCACCACCGAGCCCCGGCACCGCGCGGCCGUGCGCCACUUCUGGGGGGAGCUGCGGUCCCGGGGGCUGCUCCGCAAGGGCCUCUACGAAGGCUGGUACUGCGCCUCCGACGAGUGCUUCCUGCCCGAGGCCAAGGUCACCCGGCAGCCGGGCCCGUCGGGGGAGCCGGUGCCCGUGUCCGUCGAGAGCGGGCAUCCGGUCUCCUGGACCAAGGAAGAAAACUACAUUUUCCGGCUCUCCCAGUUCCGGGAGCCGCUCCGGCAGUGGCUGCGCGGCGACCCGCACGCCAUCGCCCCGGAGCCCUUCCGCCGAGCCGUGCUCCAGUGGCUGGAGGAGGAGCUGCCCGACCUAUCCGUCUCGCGCAGCCGCCGCCACCUGCACUGGGGCAUCCCGGUUCCCGGGGACGACUCCCAGACCAUCUACGUGUGGCUGGACGCCCUGGUCAACUACCUCACCGCCAUCGGCUACCCAGACGCCGAGUUCCAGUCUUGGUGGCCCGCGACGUCGCACAUCAUCGGCAAGGACAUCCUCAAGUUUCACGCCAUCUACUGGCCUGCCCUCCUCUUAGGGGCCGGGCUGAGCCCACCGCACCGCAUCUACGUCCAUUCCCACUGGACGGUGUGUGGCCAGAAGAUGUCCAAGAGCCUGGGCAACGUGGUGGAUCCCAGGACUUGCCUGGAGCGCUACACGGUGGACGGCUUCCGCUACUUCCUCCUUCGGCAGGGAGUUCCCAACUGGGACUGCGACUACUACGAUGAAAAGGUGGUCAAGUUGCUGGACUCGGAGCUGGCAGAUGCCUUGGGAGGGCUUUUGAACCGAUGCACUGCCAGCCGGAUCAACCCUUCUGGGACUUACCCAGCCUUCUGCCCUGCCUGCUUCCCCAGUGAGCCGGGCCUGGCCGGGCCCUCGGCGCGUGCUCGGGCCGACGACUAUGCGCUGGUAAACGCAGUGGCCGCCUUGCCCCAGCAGGUUGCUCACCACUAUGAUCACUUUCAGAUCUAUAAAGCGCUGGAGCAGGUAUCCGCCUGUGUUCGGCAAACGAAUGGGUUUGUCCAAAGGCAUGCGCCGUGGACACUGAACUGGGAAAGCCCGGCGGAUGCUCCCUGGCUGGGCACCGUGCUUCACGUGGCCCUGGAAUGUUUGCGAGUCUUCGGAACUUUGCUUCAACCGGUGACCCCGCACUUAGCUGACAAACUGCUGUCUAGGUUGGGAGUCUCUGCCACCGAGAGGGGCCUUGGAGAACUCUGUUUUCUGCCCCGGUUCUAUGGACAUGCAUGCCCUUUUGAAGGGAGGAAGCUGGGUCCUGAAACAGGGCUUUUAUUCCCAAGACUGGACCAGUCUAGGUCUCGGCUGGUAAAAGCUCACGGGACCUAGAAAGGCCUCUCUCUCUCUCUCUCUCUCUCAUAAAAAAGUUACACCUUGUGGUUUGUUUUCUAAACUGUUAGAUGAUCACAAAGUAUGUCAUUAUGAAAAGAGCUUUUUGAGCCUGUCAGGUGCCUACCCUGUCUCCACUUGUUUAUGUCAUUAGCCACUCUUCUUUUUGCAUCUGUGUAUCUAAAGUGUCUUCAGGGAAAGAUGGUGAAAAGACAACUUUUCUGAUUCCUACUCCUAAAUCAUACUUAGGUUAUUUGUUCAAACUACCUCGCAUGGCAUCUGUCUCUUAGGCUAAUUAAUAGUGAUUCCUUACUUUGAGUAGGGAUUGGAGGCCUCCAACCUCAGGUUUUAGGGUUAGCAGUCUUGGGGUUUCAGCUGAGGACAUUGUGCUUGCUAGGCAGACGUUUUAUUUCUGACCCAUGCCUGCAUCCUGGUCAUACUUUGUUAUAUUGAGUCUCCUGGUAUAAAAGGUUUUUUUUCCCCCCAUUGUAUCUGCAAAUGCUGGUAUCUUUUUUUUUGUUUUUUUUUGG